AUGGCCAACGCCCACUCCCGCCUUUCCGGGUUCUCCCUCAGCGCUCUCGCCCUUGCGCACCUCGCCACGGCCGCCCCCAGCACCAUCUCAACAACCAACACCAAAACUUGCGUACAGCUCGAGGUGCCGGUCCCCGUGGUCGCCACCAACUACCACUACACGCAGCCGCCCGUCGACAGCAGCAUCGACGCGAUCGACUGGACGAUCAACGUGACGUCUUGGUCGCACCAGGCACCUGUGGCAGCCGAUCUGCCCAAGGUGUUGGUGAAUGACAAGUUUGUGAUUAGUGCGCAGUUGUGCGUGCCGACUGCCCAGGGGCCGAAGGCGGGGAUUUUGCAGAUUGCGACGCCAGGAUUGGGGUUUGGGAAGGCCUACUGGGACGUCGACUUCAACCGCGCCAAGUACUCCUACGUCGACGCCGCCAUCGCGCAAGGCUACUCCAUCCUGACCUACGACCGUCUCGGCACCGGCGGAUCCGCCAAGCCGGACGCCUACGACGUGGUCCAGAUCCCGACCGAAGUCGAGGUCCUCGCGGGCCUGACCAAGCUCGCCCGCGACGGCAAGCUUCUCAGCACCUCCAAGAUUGCUUCUGCCAAUGGCAACGGCAAGGGCAAAGGCAAGGGCUCGGACAAAAUGGCCACCAUCCCCACCGACUUCACCCCGACCAAAAUAGUUCAAAUCGGCCACUCCUUCGGCGCCUACCUCCUCGCGCUCGGCCUCGCCUCGCACGGCAACGACCUCGCCGACGGCGUCAUCCUCACCGGUCUUCUCCCCACCAAACUCCCUCUCAUCGACGUAUUGCACUACGACCACGAGUUCGCAGCGGAACACGACCCGGUGCGGUUUGGGGGGUAUAAGUCGGGGUACUUUGUCCUGGGCACGAAUAGUGUGCUGCAGAAGCUGUUUUUGAGGAAGGGGGCGUUUGAGGGAGAGGAGAUGUUGAAGUAUAUUCAGCGGACGAAGGAGCCGGAGUCGGUGGGGGAGUAUGCUUCGGAGGCGUUGAAUCCAUUGGCGCCGGUGGAAAAAUAUACGGGGCCUGUUCAGUUUUUCAACGGCGAGUUCGACAACUUCAUCUGCAUCGGCGACUGCCGCGGAACCUACGACGAAGAGAUCGCCUCGGGCCUGUUCCCGCACGUGUCGCACAAGGAGAGUUACCUGCAGCCCAACACCGGUCAUGCCCUGACUGUGGCUACCAACGCCACGGCGGGUUAUGAUGUUAUUAUGCAGUUCCUCGACAAAUGGGGUUUGUAA